GAGAUCCUCCCACUACACGUUCUCACACUUCUGCUCGUGUACGAGUGAAUUUAGUUGUUUUCCAAGACGCGGCUCUGAUAAGUUUAACAUGUUUAGCUCUGGGCGAAAAUAAUUUAAGGAAACCUGCGAACACUUUAAGCAGAAACAGGUUGGGCUGUGGUGCAGUAGAUACUGCACAUACUCAAGAUCUAAUUGCUAAUGGAGACACUUGUGAGCCAUUUCUUGUCCAGAAUCUUCUGAGAUCAAUCAUGUCAGUCUGGCUUUUGUGUGCUCUGCUUUUUUCACUGAUUGGCCUAACAAAACAGGAUGGGCACCCAGUUCCUAUAAAAGAGGUGAAAGUGUAUGCAGAGGAAACGGACACAUCUAAUAAUGGUGCAUGGGUGUUGAAUGUUGCAUGGAGAGAUGAGUUUGCUGAAAAUUAUGAAUUCGAGAAAAUCAGCUAUGACAUAGAGGUCCUUCAUACUGAAGAGAUGAAGACAGUUCACUAUGAAACUAUACAUGUGAUGCCAAACAAAACAACCUUUUAUCAUUGGAAAUGGACCUCACCUAUACCGUUGCAGUGCACUUCCCAUUCGGUCAGACUUAGGCAUCGAGAUCAGCAUUACAUUGGUGAAUGGACACCAUUAUAUACGUACAACGGACAAGAUCUAAAUGCUACAACAACAACUGUCUUUCCUCACGAUCAAGUUUUCAUGGUUGGGAGUAACAUCACGUUCUGUUGCAUCAUGGAGACAGAUUCCAAUGUUCCAUUGGUUCCAUUUCUAAGUCCAAUCAGCAAAAGGACAUACAUCACAGAAGAACCAGUUCACUUUGAUAGGCCUUCUGAAUCCACUUCAGACAUACAAUGUGAUGUUAAAGGAAGCUCUUCAGUAUUCCAUACUGGCGCUUCAGUAUUUAUUGGCUAUCCCCCAGAUGACCAGAAUCUUACAUGUAUAACACGGGAUCUCAGCUCUGUGGAAUGUCACUGGGAAAGAGGCAGAAAAACCCAUCUGUAUGUUAAAAGAGAGACAAACUACAAACUUAAUGGAAGAGAUUGUAAAUUUGGUCAAUGUGUCCUACAUGCGAUGAAACCGCAGGUGACAAACUGGACCCUGAUUGCCAAAAAUCCCCUUGGUGUGAAGACUCUCACAGAUACAGCUGACCCCACACACCGAGUAUGGAUGAGGGCACCCAUUAAAAUAUCUCAUGCUGCUUAUGCAAGAGAAGUCACUCUUCGGUGGAGUUGGAAUGAGAACAAUUAUACUUGGUUUCCAAUGAUUUGUCAAGUGAAGCUCAACGGAAGCAUUUACAAUAAAACCUUCAGUGGAAAGGGACUUUCGUCACUUGUACUUGUAAAUCUGCAGCCUUUUGCUAAAUACACAGCUCGAGUAAGAUGUGGGUCUUAUGAGCACUUCUACGAAUGGGGCAACUGGAGUAAAAUUACUGAGUUGUCCACUAAAGAGGACGUUCCAGAAGCAGUGGAUGUUUGGAUUCAAUAUUUUGAACAAAAUACAUAUGUCCUGUGGAAGCCUCUAACUCAACAACAAAGCCAUGGGAUAAUUACAGGAUAUGAAAUUACCAUUGGAAACCCCAAAGGAAGGAGCAGAAAAAUUGACAUAGGACUAAAUACGCAGCUGUGCUACAAAAUCACCUUUGGGAAUGAAACAAGUGAUCAAAUCAUCACAGUCUCAGCGAAAAACUCUGCUGGUCUUUCUCCUCCUUCUACCAUCAUCGUCCCGAGUAAUCCUGACAACGAAGUCAGUAUAAGCCAUAUCAAUAGCAGUAAUAGUGGCUUUGAAAUGUCUUGGGAAGAAUACCCCUAUUCUACUUGUGGCUAUGUUGUUGAAUGGUUUCCAACCUACAAUAAGAAGCAAUGUGAUGUAGAAUGGGAGAAGAUCUCAGAAUGUGACAGUGACGCCUGUGACACCUGGAAUCGGUCUGGUAUUUUUGAGGCAGUGAGAUACACUGUCUCGGUCUAUGCCUGCACUAAUGAUGCACCAAAGCUUCUCAAGAGGAGUCAGUGUUAUGCUAUUGAGCAAAAACCAGGGAAAGUUCAGAAUCUGACAGUUAAAAGCAAUGGAAGAAAUCUUGAGCUUUCCUGGGACGAAGUGCCCUUAGACCUGCAAAAAGGCUUCAUACAAGGCUACAAUGUCACAACAUUGCUUUCUGAUUCUGAAACAGUUAUUAACACGACAGUGACAAAGAAGCAUAAAGUUCAUUUGAAAUUAGAUCCAGGCUCCUAUACCUUCCGCGUUAGUGCCUUUACAUCUGGAGGUGAGGGUGAAGGUGACUACGCUACAUUCAGAAUGGACGUGGAAAAAAACUUUGACCAGAUGAUUGCGGCCACUAUUGUGGGUUGCAGUGCAGCAGCACUUGUCUUCAUUAUCAUCACAGUCCUUUGCUACAGGAAAUGGAAAUGGUUAAAGAAACUAUUGUAUCCAGAUAUUCCUGAACCAAAACUUGCAGGGAAAUGGAUUACAAAGGGCAUUUAUUGUACCCAGAUGACCGAGGGGUAUAUGAAGUGUGAGAUCCAAGAGGUCCACAGUUUAGAGCAUCCUGCGAUGUCAGAAAGUCUACAUGGCCUUGACCUCAUCAGCUCUAACUCCAAAGUGAUUCCUGGAAAUUUCUACCUGAACAUUUCUGAAUCUCCAGUUGAUGUCUCAUAUUAUCCUGUUGAGAAGCUUACCUCAAUUCUUGAAAACGCUUCUUAUAAUUUGACCAUGCCAGAACCAGUUGAUGUUGCUCAGAUAUCUGAUCUUACACUGGAAAUGCAGGAUGCUUACCUCCCAGCCCCUAACUUUGUUCAGAAUAAUCUUGUUGUUAAAGACUCAGAGAGCUACAAGCCCCAAUCAGCAUGUCGUACAAAUGUAUAGGUCCCGUAGAUAGACCUCAGUGUCGUGCUAUGUAACGCUCACCAUGUAUAUGCGAAUUACGCCAAUGUAAACGCCAGUGAAUUCAUGUUAUUUAUAAAUGUACUAUUUUUUUCAACACUCCCAACUCUUGUAAAAUGAGUAGUAAAAAUGCUGUUUUUUAAAAUACUGUGAUGAAAAAAAAAGAAGCUGUGACCUUGUUUAGAACUGCCUCUGUAUAUCUGCAUUGUAUUUCGCUAUAAUAUUUAUUUACAUUUAUCUAUUUGGCACAUACUCUCAACAUGUGUGACCCCGGUGAAUCCAACCCAUGACCUUGAUGUUGCUAGCAUUAUGCUUCAGUAGAGCAAUAGUUCCCUCUUGUGGCCUAAUUAAAGACUUCGAUGGAAUAUAAAGACUAUGAGGAAAACUUAUACAUAAAAAAUGUCAAACGUAUACAUA